AUGUCCCCUGCUCUACCAACACCUGUGUCAUUUGCUCUACCAACACCUGUGUCCCUUGCUCUACCAACACCUGUGUCAUUUGCUCUACCAACACCUGUGUCAUUUGCUCUACCAACACCUGUGUCAUUUGCUCUACCAACACCUGUGUCAUUUGCUCUACCAAUACCUGUGUCAUUUGCUCUACCAACACCUGUGUCAUUUGCUCUACCAACACCUGUGUCAUUUGCUCUACCAACACCUGUGUCAUUUGCUCUACCAACACCUGUGUCAUUUGCUCUACCAACACCUGUGUCAUUUGCUCUACCAACACCUGUGUCAUUUGCUCUACCAACACCUGUGUCCCUUGCUCUACCAACACCUGUGUCAUUUGCUCUACCAACACCUGUGUCAUUUGCUCUACCAACACCUGUGUCAUUUGCUCUACCAACACCUGUGUCAUUUGCUCUACCAAUACCUGUGUCAUUUGCUCUACCAACACCUGUGUCAUUUGCUCUACCAACACCUGUGUCAUUUGCUCUACCAACACCUGUGUCAUUUGCUCUACCAACACCUGUGUCAUUUGCUCUACCAACACCUGUGUCAUUUGCUCUACCAACACCUGUGUCAUUUGCUCUACCAACACCUGUGUCAUUUGCUCUACCAACACCUGUGUCAUUUGCUCUACCAACACCUGUGUCAUUUGCUCUACCAACACCUGUGUCAUUUGUUCUACCAACACCUGUGUCAUUUGCUCUACCAACACCUGUGUCAUUUGCUCUACCAACACCUGUGUCAUUUGCUCUACCAACACCUGUGUCAUUUGCUCUACCAACACCUGUGUCAUUUGCUCUACCAACACCUGUGUCAUUUGCUCUACCAACACCUGUGUGA